AUGUUUGGACCAAAGGUGCUCCCACUCUCGCAUUUGAUCAUCCUUCUAUUAAACGUGAUGAUUUCCAUUGCAGCACUCCACCUUACCAAAAUCAAUCCCGGGGGUGAAGAUAUGGCUGAAGUUCACCGAACAUACUUCAAUGCAGCCGUUCGUGAUCAUCGUCAAGCCAUACAAAAUAUCACCAAGGAUAACGUCGAAGCUAUAUGUCUCUCUACAAUCCUAAUUGGGCUGCCCGCUUUUAUCCUCCUACAAAACAAUAAUGUUGGUCAUUAUACAACCCCCACACAUGUAUUUUCUUUUUUUCGGGGAAACGUUGCUUUGUUUUCGCAUACACUCCCUAUGCUAGCUAAAGACAGUCAGCUAAAAGCCCUCGUCUCUGCUAAACCGGACAUGAUCACCUUAAUGGAAAAUGUCCGUGGCAAAAUAUACCACGAACCAUUCUCGAAGCUGCUAAAUUGGAGGGCGCCUGGUGAGCUUAUUGACGAGGAAACUCAAGCUGCCUACACUUUUGGAUUGAACUAUUGCGGACGCAUUCUACUCGGCGUCGAAAGUGGAGAGGAUCCGUAUGAACUCCGCCGUAUGAUUUAUGCCUUUGCGACAGUCGCGCCGGAGACAUUUAUUCGUCGGCUGAAUGAGAACAACAAUCGCGCCCUUGUUAUCUUGGCUCAUUUUUUCGCACUAUGCAAAGCUGCGGAUGAUGUCUGGUGGAUGAGGGGAAUCGCAGAAAGAGAGGUAUUCGGUAUACAGUCCGUUCUCCCGGAAAGUUGGCAAUGA